GACAUAUAUAUAUAUAUAUAUAUAUAUGGAAUAAAAAAAUAUAUAUACACUCCUAUAUAUUUAUAUUUGUACUGUAUAUAUACAGGUAUAGGAAAGUAGAAAAUUUGUAAUUGUUACAAAUUUAUUUAAAAAAAUAAAUAAAUAAUACUGAUGAGUUCUAACAAAUCACGAUGAAGAAUUACUUUUGACUGAUUUAAGUUAUACUGCAGAUAUAUGUCAACAUACUGAGAUGAAAAAAGAAUAGGUUAUAGUUAAUGCCAAAAAUAGAUGAGUGGUCUUCUAAACAACCUGUAAAAUCAUGGAUGUAACACUGGAUGAUCGUUUGGCGGCACUACAACAAAUAAGUCAAAGGAAGCUAGUCGAAAUUCUAGAUGUUAUACCAGGAAAAAAGGAUUUGAUUAUUGAGCAAAAAUUGAUGAAGAUUCUUGAUUCAUUUGUAGGCGUAACAGUAUUGAAAAAAUAUGGAGUUGACAAAAUAUUUAAAUUUGCCCAAGGACUUAAACCAACAAACAUUCAAAGGAUUUAUUUAGUUACCUGUGAUCUAAUAGCAUGUCAAAAUGCCUUUGAUCAAAUUCGAUCUGAAAUGUCUCAGACACCUGGCCUUUCUCAUCAUAUGCUGAUAGCUCCCUUCAUACCCAUAACUGUAAACAAUCUUCUUGAAGAAAAUGGACUUUCUGGAUUGGUUAGCUUGCGGCCAUUAGCUUGGGAGUUUAUCAGGACAGACGGAAAUGUCUUAUCAUUAGAGAUGCCAUUAUUUACUGAUUUAUAUUACCAUAAAGAUAGUAGUUUACUUCCAGCUUUGGCUAAAAACCUAUGGACGCUGCGAAUGGUUAUGGGUGCUCCAAAUUUCACCUUAGCUUUGGGCAAGCAUAGUCAGCAACUACUGAAAAUGAUAGCUUCAAUGGAUGACUCUUUAGGAGCUCCUAGUCCAAAAGAUGAAUUUGGAGCAUUAAUUGUGAUGGACAGAAGUCAAGACUUUGUUUCAACUCUUCUUACCCCAGUUACGUACUUAGGAUUAUUGAGCGAAGUAGUUGACAUAAAUAUAGGAAAUGCUACACUUGGAACCUCACAAACAAAAUUGGAUCCUACUAAAGACCAAGUGUAUGCAGAAGUUAGGGAUAAGCAUUUUAGUGAUGCCUUUCCCACAUUGCGCACUAAAGCCAAGGCUCUCAAAUCUGAACAGGAAGCAAUGCAGUCGAUGAAACUGGCAGAAAUGAAACAUUAUGUUCAGAAUACUCUUCAAAAAACAACCAAAACCAAACAACAACUGGAAUUUCAUAUUUCUGCCUGUGAAGCUGCUGUCAAUGCCCUUGCUUCAAAGUUUGAAGAUUUACAUUCUAUAGAAACUUCAAUACUUGAGUGUAACAGAAGAGCAGAAUGUUUGGAUUAUAUAUUGAGAAAUAUUGAUGACAAUCCUGCCAGGAGCCUCAGACUAUUUUCAUUGCUGUCAAUAGCAAGUGAUGGAGUCACUAAUAAUGAGAUAUUGCCUCUACAAAAAGCUCAUUUGCAUGCUCAUGGUUAUCAACACAUACCAUUGUUUCAUAAGCUAGAAAGCUCUGGAUUAUUAAGCAUCAAGACAGAAAAUAUGCUAAAGAGAUUACCAAACUGGACGAGUAAAUGGAUGGCCAAUGCCAAACGUCUUAGGCUAUUUCCAAAUCCAUCCAAGCCAAUAGAUUUAAAAGGACCUACCUGUCCAAGCUAUGUUUUUAGUGGAUCUUACAUACCAGUUAUAGCUCAGCUUUUAAACAUAGUUAAUUCACAAAUAACAGAUCCAAAAGCUUUCGAGGAGUUAGUUAAUACUGUUGGAUGCAGUUUUAGUGGCAUCCAGGGACCAAUUCAUCCCCAAACAGUAGUGGUUUGUGUAGUUGGGGGAAUCACUUUUAAUGAAAUAUCUGCCUGUAGGCUGAUAGAAAAAUCGGCAGGUAUUCAGUUAGUUUUAACAUCAGACUGUAUUUUAACAGGUACUAAAAUCAUUGAGAGUCUACAGAACGCCUGAUUAGACAUAUAUGCUAAGAUUUCAAAAAUCUUCUGAGAAUGACGUUAUUGUGUACAUUUUUUGCUGUAUAAAUGUAUAUAUAAUUUUAUUUAUUUUUUAUGAAAAAAAUUUAUAUUAAAGAAAAAACUAGUUUAUUUUAUUCAAAUAAUAUGCUAUUUUUUUAAUACUUAACUGUAGAGAAAAAAAGAUAUUUUUAUUAAACAGAUUUAUAAAAUAAUGGAUGUAAAAUUUGUAAUUAAAUGAAUAAAUACAUUUUCAUUGAAUAAAAACAUUGAUUUAUUCAUCGCCAAUGUCAUUAUUCUUGUGGAAUUCCUUUACUUAUGAAAUUCAAUAAUUCCUGUUCUCUUCAC